AAUGAACUGAUCGACGCAUCUUGACUUUGUACCACCAUCAUCCACGACAUCCUGUCGAGAGGAGUCUGCUAAUGGCUUCAGUAUCGACGCAGUCACUUGAGGAAGCGGCAAAUAUUGCCACAGAGUUCAUAUACAGUCUCGAUAACCUCCCAAACGAAAUAAGAUUCAUAUGCGACGAAAUCAAGAUCAAGGAUCAGAAAGCCCAAGAGAUUCAAACCGCAAUUGAAACGGAAUGUGCUCGGCAUGUCCAGCUUUGCCAAAGCGGGGCACCGUUUCCCCCAAACUACAAACCGCCCAUGCAGGCGAAGAUCUCCGAAGCGUACGGUAGAGUGCACAGGCUUCACAUGGAGAAAAUUGAGCUUGCGACCAAGAUGGUUGACCUCAUCGAGCGCACGCGGACUCGUCUGGGCGUCGAUAUCAACCGGGUGAAGAAAUUGCAGGGAGAGCCACUGAUGCUUGAUGCUCCUCAGACGCGGAGUAGCUCUGCGCUUGCGGACGUUGGGGGCGCUUAUGCGUUUUCUGGUAGGGAUCCCGCUGCUCAGAUCAGCGAGAGCUUGAGGAGCGUCAUGAUCCCGAGCAGUACAACCCCCGUGCAGGAACUGAGACAGUCUCCGGCGGUAGUGUCGCUGACGACAGCAACAGCUCCAUCUGGUGCAGCAACGAAAAAACGCCGAUUAACUGCAGCGCCUUCAAUCAAAUUACCGGCGAGGUCCCAGUCACCUGCGCCACCACCCAAGGCAGCUCAGGCACCUACGCACAGACAAUCGAGACUUUCGCGGCAGGUGCACCCACCUGUGCCCGGACCCGAGGAAGAUGCCGAAGGGGAGGAAGAGGAUGCAGAGGGUGAAGAAGACGACGAAGGCGAAGAUGACAAGCUGUAUUGUUUCUGUCAAAAGAAGAGUUUUGGCGAUAUGAUUGCAUGCGACAGUGGCUUCUGUCCGUACGAAUGGUUCCAUAUCUCGUGUGUGGGGUUGAAAGCCGCACCGGUGGAUAAGUGGUAUUGCGAUGCUUGUAAGCCGAAGGUCAUGGCUCGCAAGGCCAGGAAGAAGUAAUGAGGGUACGGAGUGUCUUUCUUUUUAGUAUUCUCUUCUCCUUGCUAUCGACGCGCGCUGUGCAUGUAACUGUCUUGUGAUACAGAAACG